AGAAAUGCCGAUCUUCUUAAUAUCCCUGAAAUGUUUGCGACUUAUGAAGUUGCGCCUAUGGAGUUCGAUCAAUCCCUUUGUCUUUUCUGUCGACAUGCUCUUGCGGAAAGUUCUCCCCGCGAGGGCUAUGAAGAUCUGUCCAGGGACAUUGUUUCCGAAAUUCGAGGGAUCCCUUUAGUAAUUGAGGUUCUAGGCUCAUUCUAUACAGAAAACAGAAAGAAACAUGGGAUGAGACGUUGCAUCAACUAAGGAAACUUCCACCGGGUAUGGUCCAAAAAGUGUUGAUGACUAGCUAUGAAGAUCUAAAUCAAGGGACUGAAGACAUAUUUCUCGAUAUAGCUUGUUUCUUCAUAGGAAAAGACAAGAGAAUUCCCUUCUAUAUGUGGGAGGACUGCGGUUUUUAUCCUAGUAGUGGUAUUGAGAGUCUCCUUCUCACGUCCCUGGUAAAAAUCGGAGAGAACAAUGAGCUCUCAGUGUAUGAUCUAUUAAGAGACCUCGGUCUAGCAAUUGUCCGCGACGAAGACCCAGCGAACCCUGGAAGGCGCAGCAGGCUGUGGAAUCACGAGGAAGCCCUCGCUACCUUAAGGAGAAAAGAGGGAACGGAAAGGGUUCAAGCCCUCUGUCUUAAGUACGACAAUGGCUCACAUGAUUAUUUCACACGCCAAGAACUUCAAAGCCUGUCCAAGCUGAGAUUCCUUAAAUUGGACAGUGCAAAUAUCCAGGGAGAUUUCACAAAUCUACUUUCCAAUUUAAGGUGGCUCGAUUGGCGAGGGUGCCCCGAGACCUUUGAAGCCAUUAACUUGUAUCUGGAGAAAUUGGUGAUUCUUGAUUUAUCAUGGAGCAAGGUCACUCAAGACUGGGAGGGUUGGAGUCAAAUUGAGAUGCCGAGAUUGAAAGUUUUGAACCUCUCCGGCUGCAAUGAAAUGAUGAUAACUCCUGACUUCUCCAGUUACCCACAGUUGGAGAUGCUGAUUCUCGAACGGUGUUCUCAAUUGGUCGAGAUACACCCUUCAAUCUGUAAUCUAACAUUCUUGGUUUCCUUGAAUUUGAAAUCCUGCAGCAAUCUUAGUGAGUUGCCGCCAGAAAUGGGUAACAUGGAAGCACUGAAAGAACUUCUCAUUGAUGGCACUGCAAUACAAGAAAUCCCCGAAUCGAUAGCUAGAAUGAAGAAACUCGAAACUGUAAGUGCCUCCAAUUGCUAUUCACUAACUUACCUGCCAAUCAGUUUCCCCACAGAAGCUCUUUCAAUACUCUUGCUGGACAAUGCGAAGAUCAUCGAGCUCCCCGAUUCAAUCGGAAGUUUGGUGAAACUAGAACGGUUGUCGUUGAGGGACUGCCGGCAGAUACAGAAACUUCCAGAAUCGAUAGGCAAAUUAGGAUGCUCAUUGGUGGAGUUGGACGUAUCAGGGACACUUAUUGUGGAACUGCCCCAAUCCAUGGGGAACCUGCAGCUACUGAGAGUUCUUAAGAUGGAGCGUUGUCAUGUGAGAGAGUUUCCUAAUGCCAUUGGCAAGCUAAGGAAGCUUGAAGAGAUCCAUGCCUCCCACUGUAGGAGUUUGGAGGGAAGCAUUCGUAGUAACAUUGAGAAUCUUCAGCUCCUGAAAAUAUUGAUCUUAGGAUAUAGUGGUGUUUCUAGCCUACCCACGUCCAUCAGGUCACUAGGACGUCUCCAGACCCUCGAUUUACUUGCUUGCGACAACCUUGAACAGUUGCCCAUUCUUCCCUCGAGUUUGACUUGUCUGCGGAUAAGUUCAAAGAAGAUGAGUGUAAUCCCUGAUAUCCAGUAUUUGGUUGAACUGGAAGAUUUGAGCUUAGGCUAUGAAAAGCCCAAGGAGCUAAUAGAUCAUCCUCCUUGGCAGUACUGGGCCGUAAGCUUGCCGAAGCUCAAGAGCUUGGGGUUGUCUCGUUGCCAAAUCUCCUAUUUGGGAUUUGGGUACGACCCUGCAUGCAAUCCUCAGCUCAACAAAGUCAUCCUGACCGGCGUGAAUCUUCAAGGAGUAUCAGCGUUCCCCUCAUCAUUGUCCGUCUUGUCCAUCCAAGAUUGUUCGUCGCUGAAAAGUUUGCCGACAGUUCAGAAUUUGAUCUAUUUGUCAGAGCUAGAGCUCUCGAAAUCGGCUGUCAAAGAGAUUAAAGGGCUUGAUGGGCUACAAAACCUAGAGAUCCUGGUUGUGUCGGAUUGCAAGAUAGUACAUCUCAAUGGCCUCUCCAAAUUGACUUCAUUGAAGAGAUUGUCACUCAAGAACUGUGACUCCCUCGACAAGUUGCCCAACGUGUCCAACCUCGUCAUGUUGAGAGUCCUGGAAAUCCACAGGUGCCAGAAGAUCUGCAACAUCGAAGGCCUCGAGGAAUUGACAUCCUUGGAGCAGCUGGUCAUGAGUGAAUGUAAGGCUGCAAGUUCAGAUGAAGUAAAACAAGGCCAGAGGAGUAUCGGAAAACGAUUGAGGACAUCCCAUUAA